CUUAAUAUAUUAUAAACCUUUUUUUUUCCUUUACUAAUUAUAAAAACAAAAAUACACUUAAUGGAAACUACUCAGAAUUUUGAUCUCAAUAUGGGAUCCCAAAUCAUUGAAACCAACUCUCAAAAAAAGAGAUUAACUCCAGCUGAAUCUGAUAAAUUCCAAGACAAGCAAUUUGAUGCUGCCCAGGGUAAUGCUUAUUCAAGAACGACACCACCAUCAUCAUCAAAUGAUGUCGAUAGUUUUUUCAAUCAAAUGUUUAACUCUUACAAUGAGUCUUUCAACAUGGCUGCUAUGCCCCCCACCCCUGAGCAUCAAGAACAAUAUAGUACUGAUCUCAUCAACAGUUAUCAAGAGGCAGUUCAAAUUCAACCCUCUGAUGCCCAAUUUGAUUAUCAUCAUUAUAAUCCCUAUUAUAAUACAUACCAACUAUCUCAAAAUGAAAAUGAUUCAUCUUAUGGUUCAACUCAUCAAUCCUCUCAAGGCUACAAUACCAUCUAUUCUACUGCCACAACUGCUCACUACCAAGCAGCUCAAGGCUAUAACAAUUACUAUGUACCUGCUAAUCCAGUUGGAGCCGCUACAACAACAGCAACAGCAACAGCAACAACAACUCGUUCAGGUAAAGGCAUGAUUAUGCCUACCAAAAGAGCAUCGAAUUCACGAGCCACUAAAAAGAACAAUGCAGACUUGAUUGCUCAACAGAUCACUGGAAAUCCGUUUGAAGGUAUCAUUAGUAAAGCGGCCAUUAUCUUUAUGAAUAAAACCAAGCUUGCAAUUGAUAUGUGGACUGAGGCUGAAAUCACUCAAUGUCGUCGAGUCAUUCUAUUCUGGCGUCGACAAUUUAUUAAUCGAGAUGGUAUUCUAGGUAAAAAUGAACUUGAAUGUGGUUAUCAAGUCCUUAAUGCUAGUCAAUACGCUCGAGAGGGUUCAAGUCAAACAUCCCGAGAUCGCUUAAUGAUCUCCUGUAUCUAUUGGCCUAAAAGAGGAGAGCACUUUAUUACCUCUGUUGAUUGUAUUAAUCUUAUCGAGGGUCUCCUAGAUGUUGAAUUCACGGUUGAAGAAAAGAAUCGAGUUCGACGUAAUUUAGAAGGUUUUAAACCUAUCACGAUAAACAAAUCUGAUCCUGAAAAAUGUGAGCUCUUUAAAUUGAUCAUGGGCUUCCCUUAUCCUAAGCCAAGAAAUAUCGAAAAGGAUAUCAAGGUCUUUUUGUGGACUUCCUUGCCUAAAGCUCUCAGAAAAAUUGCAAAGAAGUUCUCACCUAGUUACUCUAGUACUAUUAUUCGUAGAAAAUGAAGAAAUUACUCACUACUAUUUCGAACACAUAUUAUUAUUUCUAUCAUUAUUAUUAUUAUUACUACUACUACUACUAUUAUUAUUAUUACUGCUCUUUCUCUCUCUCU